CCCUGUCACGUCAGUGGCUCCGGGGCAGAGGAGGCGGGCCGCCGGUGUGACCACGGAAGCCGGGAAGAGACCACCGGAGGCGGCGGCGGUGCGCGGAGGGCAGAGGGCAGAGGGCAGAGGGCAGAGGGCAGAAGCGGCGCCAUGGUCUACAUCUCGAACGGACAAGUUUUAGACAGCCGGAAUCGGUCACUAUGGAGUUUAUCAUUCAUAACAGAUCUCUUUUGGGGAAUCACUGACUUCGUAAUUAUGUUUUUCAAAAGCCUGCUUCAACAAGAUGUCAAAAGAAGAGGCUAUGUUAGCUCAUCUGAUUCCCGAUACGAUGAUGGAAGAGGGCCUCCAGGAAAUCCUCGCCGAAGAAUGGGCCGGAUAAAUCACAUGAAAGGCCCUAGUCCUCCGCCAAUGGCCGGUGGAUGAGGAAGGUAA